AUGUCUAGCUUCUACAUUCCAAACAGGGACGUCGGUAACAAACUUACUGGGGAUGACUGGAGAAUCCGCGGCUACAAUCCCUUAACGCCUCCAGACCUGCUCCAGCACGAAAUCCCACACACGGCCAAAUCGAAGCAGACGGUCCUCGAAAGCCGCGAAGAGGUGGUAGCCGUGGUCAACGGCACCGACGAGAAGCAGAGACUCCUAGUAAUCAUUGGACCAUGCUCCAUCCACGACCCGAAGUCGGCCCUCGAAUACUGCGAUAAGCUACUGAAGGAGAAGGAAAAGCACAAGGAUGAGCUACUCAUCGUCAUGCGGGCUUACCUUGAGAAACCACGAACAACAGUAGGCUGGAAGGGUCUAAUAAACGACCCGGAGAUCGAUAACAGCUUUCAAAUUAACAAGGGAUUGCGUAUGGCAAGGCAACUUUUCGUUGACCUCAACGACAAGGGGAUGCCCAUCGCUAGCGAAAUGCUGGAUACUAUCUCUCCACAGUUCCUAGCAGAUGUUCUCUCGGCCGGGGCCGUGGGCGCCAGGACGACUGAGAGUCAGUUGCACCGGGAGUUGGCGAGUGGUCUCUCGUUCCCGGUCGGAUUCAAGAACGGUACCGACGGAACAUUGGGUGUUGCCAUUGAUGCUAUCGGUGCUGUCAGACAUCCUCAUCAUUUCCUCUCCGUUACGAAGCCCGGAGUUGCAGCCAUCGUUGGUACUGUUGGUAAUGAGGACUGCUUCGUGAUCCUCCGAGGCGGAAAAUGUGGUACCAACUACGACGCGAAGAGUAUCGCACAGGCUAAGGCUGCCUUGGCCCAGGCAGGUUUGCGCCAGCGUCUCAUGGUAGACUGCAGCCAUGGAAACUCAUUAAAGAACCACAAGAACCAGCCUAAGGUUGCUGCUGAUAUAGCAGGGCAGAUGUCCAAGGGAGAGACAGGCAUUAUGGGAGUUAUGAUCGAAAGUAAUAUCAACGAAGGCAGUCAGAAGGUACCAAAAGAAGGCAAGGAUGGUCUACAGUACGGUGUCAGUAUCACAGAUGCUUGCAUUGGAUGGGAAGACACGGAAUCGGUCCUCGCUACUCUCGCAAAUGCCGUCAAAGAGCGGAGGAAGCGGUCCAUCUCCACAUCUGGUGCCGGAGCCGAAUCCCCUCUGAAACUAAAUGUAACCGCCGCCGCUUCCACAGCUCUCGCUAUCGGAUCCGUGGCAUGGUACUACCAUCUCUAUGGAUCUACCGCGCACGCCAUGACGCCCGCCGAGGAAGGUCUGCAUCCGACGGCAUACCCUUGGGUUCACCAGCAGUGGUUCAAGACCUUUGACCACCAAGCACUCCGACGAGGUUUCCAAGUCUACCAAGAAGUUUGCGCAGCAUGCCAUUCGCUUAGCCGAGUUCCUUACCGAGCACUCGUUGGAACUGUCUUAACCGUAGAUGAGGCGAAGGAAUUGGCAGAACAGAACGAGUACGACACCGAGCCCAACGAUGAGGGUGAAAUCGAGAAGCGACCCGGAAAGCUUUCGGAUUACAUCCCAGCCCCGUACAAGAACGACGAGGCUGCUCGAGCUGCCAACAAUGGUGCCCUUCCUCCCGAUCUAAGCUUAAUUGUCAAGGCCCGACACGGUGGCUGUGACUACAUUUUCAGCUUACUAACUGGAUAUCCCGACGAGCCGCCGGCGGGUGCUCAGGUCGGCGCCGGCCUCAACUUCAACCCUUACUUCCCGGGCACCGGUAUUGCUAUGGCCCGUGUUCUAUACGAUGGUCUCGUGGAGUAUGAGGAUGAGACCCCUGCGUCUACCUCGCAGAUGGCUAAGGAUGUGACGGAGUUUUUGAACUGGGCGGCGGAACCUGAGAUGGAUGACCGAAAACGAAUGGGCAUGAAGGUGUUGACUGUUACCGCAGUCCUAUUCGCUCUGAGUGUCUGGGUUAAGCGAUACAAGUGGGCACCGCUCAAGUCGAGGAAGAUCGCCUAUGACCCACCAAAGGUUGCCGACAAGAUCCGCUCGUAA